UCCUCCCAUUUGGAGUAAUCCGCCCAUGUUGUAUUUCCUUCCUACACCCACGGGUCACGGGAGCUCUGCUCUUCCCCCCUCCCGCUCGUGCUUCUGAGCUCUGCCACCCAUCCUCUUCUUCAACCUCUGCAAUUCUGCUCUCACUCUUCUGCUUCACUGCAGCUCAAACGAGUGAAUAAAUGUCGAAGCUAUUUCUUCCUGUGCUUCAUCCUCUUCGAAUUAGCGGCCGUUUCGAUUCAAAUUCAAAUCCCUCUUCCAACUCCACUCCAAUUCCCACCAAUUUCACCCAAUUCAAAGGUGGAUAUGUUGUUCCUAGUCUUAGACUAUGCCGAAUAUGUCCCACUACUACUGCUACUCAUGUUUGUUUACGGCGUAGCCAGGGGCAUGUUAUCUCGUCGAGUGUUCCUCUUUUCUCUAAGCUGAAUAGAAACUUGUCGUUGCGGUCUUCUCAAAGUGGGUUUCUGUUUCAGUAUGUAAAGGCUAUGGCUGUAAAUCCUCUUUCUGAAGAAUUAUCAUUGUCAGAGUUGGAGAAUGAGGAAGUCACAGUUGAAUGGAAUCCUGUCGAAAAUGUUGGGGAUGGUUUGCCUUCUGGAAAGAAAACAUUUAAGAAUAGGUUUUUAAACUUUGUCCGCUUUGGCUCAGUCAUAAAUGAGGCAGCUGAAUCAUUUUUUAAGAGUGAGAUUCGCCGUAGGUUGUUUGUUACUGCUGCUUUGCUAGUUCUUAGCCGUGUUGGAUAUUUUAUCCCUGUGCCUGGAUUUGAUAGAAGACUGAUACCUCAAGCUUACCUGAGCUUUGUUUCGGGAGCUGCUGAUGAACUCGGUGAUUAUGGUCCAGAACUCAAGAUGUCUCUUUUCCAGUUAGGAAUUAGCCCCCAGAUAGCAGCAUCAAUUCUUAUGCAGAUACUUUGUCAUGUUGUUCCUGCCCUGGUUAAGCUGCGAAAAGAAGGUUUAGAUGGCCAUGAAAAGAUCAAGGGUUAUAUAUGGUGGAUCUCUCUUGGGUUUGCCAUAUUGGAAGCUGUGAUAGUUGCUUGUCAUUCACUUCAGUAUUCCAUCUAUGCUGCCAGUCAUAGUGUGAAGCAUGUGAUGAUAACGUCCCUCUUGCUGGUCUGUGGUGCUAUGACUAUGACAUGGAUAUGUGAUAAGAUUUCAGAAGCUGGUUUUGGCCAAGGGUCAUCUCUGGUUAUUUGUGUUGGAAUAUUGACCAGCUACACGAGUACACUAAACAAGAUGCUGUCUCAGUUUUCAGGAAGCGCUUUAAGUUGGUCACCUUAUGCACUUGCUGUACUAGGCAUAUUUAUGGCUGUAACCAUGUGGGCUGUUGUUGUGACUCAAGGUUGUAGGAAAAUCAAGCUGCAGUACUAUGGUUUCAAACUUGCUUCUACAGCCAGAGAUGAGUCUCCUGUUACCGAGGUGGAGCCCUACAUUCCAUUCAAUAUAAAUCCAUCUGGAAUGCAGCCUGUUCUCACCACAGCAUAUCUUUUGGCAUUUCCCAGUAUACUUGCAAGUUUGCUUGGUUCACGAUUCUGGGGACAUGUUAAAGAGAUAUUGAACCCUGAAACAACAAUUGGUGCAGCACCCUGGGUUUAUUACACAAUAUAUGCGUUCUUUGUUUUCGUUUUCAAUAUAUUUGAUAUUGCCAACAUGCCAAAGGAAAUAGCUGAGUACUUGAACAAGAUUGGUGCUAGAAUUCCAAAUAUAAAACCAGGAAAGGCAACUGUGGAAUACUUGACUAAGAUUCAAGCAUCAACACGUUUUUGGGGUGGUAUGUUGCUGAGUUUCUUAGCCACUGGCUCAAGUAUACUUGAUCAUUACUUGCGACGCAUCAAUGAAAGUUAUGCUAUUGGAUUUACAUCAGUUCUCAUCAUUGUGGGUUCUAUUAUAGAUCUGAGAAGGUCCUACCAAGCGUAUAAUGUAAUGCCAACUUUGAGCAAAGUUCUAAGGCGCAUAUACAUCAAUGAUUCCGGCGAGCCGGCUAAUCAAGAUUAUAAACAUUUCUGGUUUGACCUUAAAGACACCAGAAUUGUGAGCUCAAGACUAAAGAUACUAGAUGAGCAACCACUGCUAAUCUGAAGUUGUACAAAUCUGACACUUCUGUGAAGGUUAAAGCCUCGAUGAGGUUUAGAGACGGGGCUUCCAGUUUGUCUUUUAAGAAGGCGUGCAAUUCCAAAUUGGCCUGUUAAAAGGAUUGUGGAGGGAAGGUCAAUUCUUCUGUCCGAAUUAACCAGGAAAUUUCAGUACUGGUGUUGCAGCUAUACUAGUGCCUCGAACAUCCACCACGAAAACUAGAUCAUACAGAGGAUGCUACCGGCUUCAUGACAUGCUGCUUAUGAGCAUUUGAAUCUCUACUACAGUAUGAUUUACAUAGCGGGAGUUGAAGAUUCGUUUGUAUUUGUGUGGUUGAUUCCUGAAUUUGGGUGUUGGUACUUGGUAGUAACAACAUUUGUAUGAAACGAGAGUAUAUAAUUAAUUAGUAAUUGGAGUAAUUGGUUUUGUAUCUGGACCCUGCAUAUGCUUUCAUGUAAACUGAUUUUCUGUGACACUAUAAUCAGGGGGUAUAUGGACCCUGCAUAUGCUUUCAUGUUAAUGUCAUACUUCGUAUUUCUUAUA